CGGGCGUCAUCGUUUCUGUGUUGUUGUGACGGAGCAGUGAGUCAGCAGCUGAUCGGGAGGUUUUACGAUGGCAGUUCCAGUAGCUGCAUUACCACUGAACACAUCAUCCAGCCCGGCUCUGCUGGAGCACAACAUCCACAUCAGCGACAGAGAUUUGGGAAGGAUUUCAAGUGACAAUGAUAACAACACUCUGCCUUUACAUUCUCCAUGGACCUUCUGGCUUGAUAGAUCUCUACCAGGAACAACAGCAGCUGAAUGUGAGUCAAACCUGAAGAAAAUCUACACCGUGGACACCGUCCAGAACUUUUGGAGAGUUUACAACAACAUACCCGGCGUCUCCAGCUUGCCAUUGAGAUGUAGCUACCAUCUGAUGAGAGGAGAAAGAAAACCGCUCUGGGAAGAAGAAAGCAAUGCUAAAGGGGGUGUUUGGAAGAUGAAAGUACCCAAAGAAUGCACUUCUGCUGUAUGGAAGGAGUUGCUGUUGGCAACUAUUGGAGAGCAGUUCAGUGACUAUUGUGCCUCAGACGAUGAAGUAGUCGGCGUCAGCGUCAGUGUAAGAGACAGAGAAGACGUGUUUCAGGUCUGGAACGGAAACGCUUCUUGUGCUACUGAGUCAAACAUCUUAGGGAGGAUCAAUGAGCUCCUUCCACAAAUACCUUUCAAAGCAGUGUUUUACAAACCACAUGAGGAGCACCACGCUUUUGAGGGAGGUCGAAGACAUUAGCAUAUUUUUGCACAUCAAAACACUCUAUGUUUGUGUUUUAUUGCUUAUGAACAUGUUUUGAAUAAUAAUUGGGGACAUUUUGAAGCAACUGAGUUCAUGGUUGCUUACAAAAUGAUCUUAUUUACCUCAAAAUGUAGUCCAUUAUCAUUUUUAAUUGACCACCUUUAGAGCACUGCUGUCAUUCAUAAUAAUAUCCAAAAUGUUUAGUCAAAAACAAAAACAUUUUAGUUAGAUCUUAUUUGUGACAGUGUUGUGUGUUUUUAUACUUUAUACUACGUUGUUUCAAAUCCUUAACCAAAACAACAGAUCAUGCACAUGGGCAUGCCAGAUUUUUUAGAUGUAUUAUAGCAUAUUUUGUGCCUGAGCACAGACAAAGCUAGGUCUUUGAAAUAAAUCUAGUUUUUGGAUCUAAGAUGAAGGUUAGUUCCACAAAGCCAACCUUGAUCUAAACAAUACAAUACAAGGCUUUUCUAGUGAGCUGUUACAGCCAAAAUACUGUUGCCUGAUAUAAAUAUUUAGUAUGCUGUAUUGCCAAUAUAUGAGCAGAAAGUUGCACAUCCUUUUUUUAUUUCUCUUUUUUAGAAUACGAGUAGAUUGUUAAAGGAAUAUGAUCUUGUUACAAUAAAAUGACCUCAGUACACAAAUCAACAAGAGUAGAUGCUGAGGAAUAUAUGCAAUAAUUUCUAUUCUGUAGAAUUUGCAUUGUUGUGGUCAGUUUUGGUCAAGCAUCUGCCCUAAAUCAAGCACUUUUGUUCAGUACUGUGUGUGAGAGCUUUGAUAAAUGAGACCAAAUACACUUUGGUUUUGUGUCACAUUUUCUGGUUGAAGUGUAGAGCUGUUUUUGUUUCUUUUCCUAUUAGUGACUUGAUAUGUGUAGGUGACAUAUUUGAUGUGAUAUGUUUUUUAGUGUAUUCAUCUGAUCUGUGUUAAAAUUGAAUUUGGAAAGCCUACCCUUUUUUUUUUUUUUUUAGAUAAAAUUGGUCCUAGGGAACAUGAACAAACGCAUAAACAUAUGUAAAUCUGUCACAGACAGGAACACCAGAAAAAAAACAUUUGUGGCUCUAAACAAACUCUCCUUCAGGGAUUGCUUGAGGCCUAUUCCGGUGAAUUUGUACAAAUUGUGGGUGUGAUGCAACCACUGAAGCAGGGUCAAAUCUGAGACAAGUUGGUCAGAAAUGGUUUACUACUGCUGCACCAAAACACAUUUCUGUGUCUCUCAAAUCCAUAGCUUUUAAGAUGUUUUCUGUCGUAAUGUAAAAUGCUGUAUUUUUAUUAUUGAAAACCUUAAUCAUAUUAGAACAUAUGUUGAAAUUAAGGAAGUUGAACCAUUAUACAUCAGGCACAUUUCCCUAUGUGUGUGACAGAGUGUACAAGAGGGAGUGAGAUUAACUAUUCUAUGUUGCAUAGAGCAGAGUAUUUUUUUUUUUUUAGUAGUAGUACUAUGAUACUUACACAGUUGAGGUCAUUUAUAUGUAGCUAUGGGGUAUGCAUUGAAACCCACAGAAAGACUGCUGCUCUGAUUUCUCAAUCAAAUCAAAUGUUAAAGUGUUUAUGAUGCUGGUGUCUUGGCUUUGAUUUGCUGCUAAAUAAUAUUCACAGGGGGAGUUAGUUUUCAGUACACUGACUUUGCCAAACUUCAUUUGCCCUUUAUACUGCUGUAGUUCCUGUAAUAUAAGCACAUACUGUUGGAUAAGAGAGUACUGUACCCUUGCACAUAUACAGUUUAUCAGUCACUUCAGAUCUCAGACUUUGUUACCGAUUGUUGAUCUUGGACGGUGCCUUGUGUUUACCAGCAGUUUAGAAUGUCGCCUGUGUUCAGCAUGUUGAAACUGUAUAUAGUCAUGAUUCUCUGUUAGUUUUACACGUGUUUGAAAAAUAAAGGCGCCUAAACUACAAUUUAUU